UUCAGGUCAGAAUCAGAAACGAAGGCGAAAAUUCCGACUCUCAGAGGGCACAAACGGACGGACGUUUAUAACUUCGUUUCAUAAUCAAUAAUUUCUCUUGCUGAAAGCAAGCACAACACACAAAACGAAUCGCAAACACAUAUCGUUUUUCGUUAGUUAAAGUACAAAAUUCCAAACUAUUUUCGGUAGCAAAACGAAGAGGAGCUAAAUCAAAUGUAAAAGUUUGUCAAAACAUACAAACGACUAUUGUUCGUGUGUGUUUGCGCGAAGCGGAGCCCCGAGAUUGAGAGGAAUAGGAAGUGAACAAAACUUAGGGUCCAGCAGCGACUGCAAAACAAAAAACGAAACAACGGAGUCACAAGAUCAACACAACCAGUAGAAAGUGUGUUCAGCAGCGUUGGGGGUCACAAUAAUGGACGACACUGCCGCCUCACCCGCAGCGGCCACAGCCGCUGGCUGUGAUGCUGCCCGUGACAAGACAACAAACGCUGGCGUCGCAGUCGCGGCAGCAGCCAGCAGCACCAGUGUGAGGCUUCUAAUUAAGUCAUCCAAUCAACAAUAUGACGACAUGAAUGUCGACAGUGACCUCUCCUGGACGGUUCAGCGACUGAAGAAGCAGCUGUCCCUGGUGUAUCCUGGCAAACCGGACAUCAACGAUCAAAAGCUCAUUUACUCCGGCAAACUGCUGGACGAUGCCCAGAAGCUGUCGGAGGUUAUUCGCAGCUACAAGGAUGUCUACCAGCAGCAUCACAUCUUUCACUUGGUCUGUGCCAGCAAGCACUUUCCGAAGCCACCGGCCAUGCCCACGGUUGUGCCCAAGAGUGCCACAGCUCCACGGCAGGAGGCCAAUGCCAAUGAGCUGCGUCAGCGUCAUGCCACAAAUCAACAGCAGCAGCAGCAGCCGCCACUGGAACUGCCACAACAGCAGGCCAACAGCGUGGACAGUGAUGAGAAUCUUGCCAUAAGAACAUGGUACGCUCUCUGGCUGCGGCAGCAACAGACGGCCAUACACACCGAUCCGCAUGUGGCCUACCAGCAGCAGGCGCUGCUAUACAAUGCCUGGAUGAGUCAGGUCUAUGACAGAUAUCUGCAGGAUCUAAUGCGUGGUGCCGAGUCCCCGCCUGGCAAUCGAGUACCUCUGCUGCCGAAUAUGCUGCCACAAUGGGAGCUGGACGCCAGGCAGCGGGUUGCUGGCGCAGCUGCAGUUGCAGUUGGCGUUCAACUGAAUCAGGCGCAACCUGUCGCACAGCCUGCGGCAGCGGCUGUGCCACCAGUACCUAACAGACCAAACUUUCCCCUCAUUCAGGAGGAGCCCGAGAAUCGAGACUGGCUCGACAGCUUCUUCAGCUUUACGCGCCUGGCCCUUUUCGUGACUGUCUUGUACUUCAAUUCGUCGCCGCUGCGUUGCCUGCUGGUGAUGCUCAUAGCUGGUGUGAUUUACCUCUAUCAUAUUGGUGUGCUGCGACGUCGUCGGGAGCGUAACAAUAACAACAUCAAUCGCAACAAUAAUGCUGGCAAUGCUGCUGCUGCCUUUGCUGCAGUGCAGCAGAUUCAACGCAUGAUGGAUGCCGUGGAGCGUGAGAAUAACGAUCCGCAGGCUGCAGUCGAGCCGGCAGUGGGUGCGGGACAGGAUGCACCCGGUGCAGCCGUCGCUGAUGCUGCUCCAGCUCCAGCUGCUGCUGCUGCUGCUCCUGCUGCUGCUGCUGUUCCAGCCACUGCCGCUGGACCCGAACAAGCGGCCGCUGUUUCAGCUGAAGCCGCUGCCGUGGAACCACCAAAUGCCAAUAACUCUGUGAUUUCCGUUGUGCGCACCUUUGUCAUUACGUUCUUCACCUCGCUGCUGCCCGAGGCACCGGCGCUGUAGAGGAUAUUCUUCUAUCAACUUCUACUGUCUACUAUAACCAUUCGCGGGCGCAGCCGCUUUCAGCCUAAACCCCACCCACACCCACACCCACACACCUCUUACCACUCAUAAUCAAAAAUGUUAUAACUUCUUCCUUUAAGCUCUUGUCUACCCCGCAUCAAAGUGGGUAGCCCAAAGGCACUUUGUUUUUUCUAGCUGUAAGGAUUUAGUAUAAUUUAUUAAAUUUCUGUGCGUGUAGCCUCCCCUUAGACAUUA